AUAUCACCUAGGUUACAAAUAGGAUGACGACCAAAGGAUGAAUCAGUUCUAUUGAAAAAAAGUCAUCAGAAUUAAAAUCUUUACUAAAUGCUAUCUUUGUCAUUGAUGUAAUGUGAAACGAAUAGAAGUGUAGAUCGCUGGAUUAUGGCUCUAUGGUGCAAACAAAAACCAGACCCGAAAGUGAACUUUAAUCUUAUAUGUAUUGGUUAUCGAAUGCUGAAGAAUCCUAGUAUAAAACGAAACAAUCAUAUAGUACUUUUUGGUUUCCAAUGUCCCAUUAGCUGUCAGUUUGUUAAGAAAGUUUUCUUCAAAAUGACCAAAUCUCCAAAAACCAAUGAACUAAAAAUAUCUCUUGUACUUAUCACGUUAUCAAAUUUCUCAUUUACAAAAAGGUUAGUUGUACUACAAAUGUUUGCAAAAUUUUUUAAAUACCUUACCACAUAGUGAGUCGUUUAUUGGUUUACAGUUGUGCUCACGUGAUAUUUUGUUAUAAUAACUGAUAUACAUUUGUUAAUGAAAGAAAGUGCAUACCUAUUAUAAUGUCCUUGAAAUUAAAAACUAUGAGUGCUAUUCUAAUUUUUCCUAUUAUUAUCAUUAUUAUUUAGUGGAGACAGUUAUUAGGAGAAACAUAGUCAACAUAUGUCAAGUAAGUUUAUUUCAUGCUAGUAACUUACAUAUUUUACGGCUCUGAAUUAUAUUUUUUAAUGAUUUUUAACUAUAAUGUCUUACAGCAAUAUUACGUAUUGUGAAUAAUUUAAGUUUAGUAUCUAUAUUCACUUUAAUCCAUAAUAAAUCCCGAAGCUAGUAACAACUUAUUAACAAAGAUUUAUAAAUUUGUAAUGGAAAUAGUUUCUAGUUCAUGAAACAUUACCCAAUGCUGAGGAUUCCCAUACUAGAAUGAAACACUUUUCUAGUACUAUUUAUUUAUAAAUGGUACUUUAGUUGAUAUCACAUUGUGAUGAAAAUCAAUCUUAAAUUGUGUCUGUUCAUACUUUUGUUUAACUAAGAUUGAAUUAGUAUUUUAAGGUUAUCAACAAAAAAAUUUUGGGCUUAAUUUUUCCACUUUUCCGACGUGAUUAAUGAGACGCAUCCAUUAAUUUAAUCAGUGAUUUGUUUACAGAAAUGUUAUGUCAGCGACAUCCAUUCAUUAUCUUAAUGCUAAGAAUGGGUGACUGGCUCACCAGUGGUAUUGAAGUCGUGGAUCCGCACCUCUGGGUAGUUUCAUACCGGAAGAAAACACAUGUCCAGUGCCUCUUAGUUUCCAAAGGUUACUAAACUAAGAAAUUACUUAAUCAAUUAUCCUGCUUUGAUCAAAAUAUUUUCUCAUGUCUAGUGAUACAAUAACAAAUCCAACACUUAGUGAAAAUGGAUAUGCUUAUAAACAUUUUCAAAAAAUAAACGAUUAUAACCCUUACAAGAGCCCAAAUAUAAAUUCUAUUUCGUCUGUUAAAGCAGUAAAGUCAUGGGAUUUAGAUCCACCCUAUCACCCUGAUUUGCUUGAGAAACAUUAUCCCAACGACUGGAAAUAUGACAACACAGAAAAUGAUCAUAAUAUACACACAAAUACAGAAACUAUGGUUAAUCCGUACAACGACGUAAUCAACUAUCCUACGGAACAUGAUGACGAUCAUAUGGCCAUAAAUGCUGAAAAUCAUGAUAAUCUGAACCCUACGGCGGCUGAUCCUUUUCUGACAAGUUAUACUGAAGACUAUAAACCUUAUGAUAAGUUUUAUAGAGAAGACCCGAUUAUGCCCCUCUCACAGUGGGAAUCACCUCAUGACAAUGAUUUACUAGAGAGUACUUACCAAGAUGAUUAUCAGCCCUACAAGUUGGAUAAAGUUGAUGAUUAUAGACCUAGUGAGUUUUAUUUACCGCCACGAGAACCUAUGGACACAAACACUACCUACAAUCUAGACUACCCACCCCGUUAUUCUCAGAUGGAAAGAAGUUUUAAACCAUACGAAGCCUACGUACCUCCUUCAGUGCCAAUGUCGAACAUGACAAGCUAUCAUUUAGAAUAUGAGAAUCCUCCUUGGUCACCUAAAGAAAUGCCUUUCCGAAUGAAAGACCACGAAAAUUUUCCAAGAGGCAAUUUUCAAAGUGAAACGAGUUAUAUCACAGACUACCCACCAAAAGUGGCCCAACCUAUUCACUGCUUCAAACCGUAUAGAAAGUAUAGAACACCUACAGAGCCUAUGUUCAGUCAAACAAGUUACCAAACGGACUAUACAUUCCAACCACAGUCGAAACCAACAUCUUACUCUCCUGUUUAUGUCUAUCAGCAACCUAAAGUACCAUUCCAGAAAAACACGAGUUAUUCCGAAGAGUUUCAACCUCAUCUAUUCUCAAAACCUGAUAGCUUUAAACCCAUUUAUGAGUACCGGAAACCUAGAAUGAAAAUGGAAAACACUACUGCCUAUAAUUCAGACUACAGACCAUGGCACAUUAAAAAAGAUGACCCAUUCUACCCCCAAGAUAAUAUUCAUUUGCCUCGUGCUCAUAAUGAAAUGAUUACGAGUUAUAUGGAUGAGUUUCCACCUAGGUAUACACAAAAGUUACAUCCUAUAAAACAAAAAGAAAACAGGUGGCUUAGUGAUGAAGCUUUAUCCAGUCAAACCACAUAUCUAACUGACUUUACACCAGUUACACCAGAACCAUCAGUGUCAUAUAAACCUACGGAAAUUUACAGGUCACCAAGUCUACCGGUAGUUUCACAGUCAUCUUAUGCUGAGGACUUCAUUCCGAGAUAUGCGAAAAAACAGGAUCCAUUAUUGCCUAAAUCAAAUCUAAAAGUUUCAAAACUACCAAUGGAUAAGACUUCUUCAUAUUCAGAGGAAUUUCAAUAUCGCAAAGCAAAGAAAACGGAAAAUUUAAAACCCAUAUAUCGUUACAAGCAUCCAAGCGUACCAUUUUCCAGUAAGACAAGUUACCAGCUAGAAUUCCGUCCGCCAUCUAGAGAGUACAAAGGUAACCAAAGCUGCCCACCAACCACAUGUUUUUCAUAUAUGUACCCUGCUACUCGGAUGAAUACGACAACUUCUUAUACUGACGACUUUAGACCAAUAAAAAAUCCAUCAAAACUCCAACCAAUAGUGAAAGAAGAUAACCUGAAAAUAAAUUAUUUGAUUAAUAACGACCUGAAAACAAGUUAUUCAAUUGAUUAUGUGAAUUAUUAUGAACCGGAUUCAAAUCCAUACACGAAUGACAGUGAAUUUAUUCAACCCAAUGAAAAUGUUCACACUGAAACGACGAAUUCACGUAAUAUCUUACCAAAAGUAAACUUUCAUAACACUCUUUUUGAAACAAAAAGAAACUAUCCACAAACUUCUGAUGGACAUAAAGUAAAUGAUCAUUAUUCAAAUACAACAUACCAUCAGGGAUUUUCAAAACUACCACCUAUUCAACAAAUAAAUCAAUUCCGACCCCAGGAUUACUAUGUUCCACCAACAGUUAAAAUGUCAAAUGAAACAACUUAUUCAAGUGAUUAUAAAUGGCCUGAAUUCAUGGUCGCUGCUAACAGAAAUUCAAAUAAUUAUAAUAAUGAGAACAGUUCAUAUGACUAUUCUGAUAAUAAUUCAAACAACUUUAAUCAAUAUUCUAAUAAUUCUGAAUUCACCAGUACUGAACUGUCCAAAUGUAAUAACACAAUGGCUGAAAAUUCAAAUAUCUCAUCUGAUUUGUAUUGUAUAAAUAAUAGCAGCGGUCAGGAUAGCAGCGAAGGUGCUUUAGGUAAAUUUAUGAAUUUAAUGUCAUAAAAUUGAACGGAUAUGAUUUAAAACUUUAUGUAUUCUGAAAUUUGAUUCAUUAUUCUUUCAAUAAAGAAUUAUUAGCAUAGUAACGGGCAAAUACUAGGAACGUAAACAAUUUAUAACUAAAAGGAGAUACAUAUGUAGUCAUUGAAUAUUUUGAAAAUAAAAUAUUCUUAACAUUAGAGAGGACGUUUUGUAUUAUUUUUCAAUACAUAUAUUUUGUUU